GGAUGCAUGUAACUUAGAAUUGUACUACAUUUGAUUGGUAUAUCAUCCAUACAUAAAUAUUCUAUAGAAAGUUCAAUAACUAAUUUAUACUUAUCUAAAUAAUUUAUACUAAUUUAUUUUACUUAUUAAUUAGUAUAAAUUAUUCAUAAAGGUGAUCAGAGGAAGUUGAAAAUCAUAAAAAUGCCGUGCACGUACUAACGUACGAAAAGUAAAGUAUUAAGAUGACUAGUUGCCUGAAAAUAUACUUAGUAAAUUAAAAUUAAAAUUUCUAUAGAAAUUGCACCUAAGUAAAAUAUAAAUACUAAUGGAUGAAGAAAUUUAAUGCAAAUAAUAUUCUUAAUUAAAUUCUAACUGAAAAUUGAUGAACCUUGAUUGAGAUGAUGCACAUAAUUUUUGUCUUUUUAAUCCUUUUUUAUUGAUAACUCCAAGGAAACAAUUGGUUAUGAGAAGAGAAAGCAAAGUUUAAAUCUGAUUGCGCCAUGUGCAGAUUCAAAGCACGGCGGUUGCAGAAUCUUUCAAGAGCUGUGCGAUGAAUAAACAAUUUUCCAAUUGGAUGGAAGUUUCCGAGUUGAUCCAAUGUGAAUGCACAGAAGCUGUUCGAUGAAAUGAUUCUUUUUAUAUAAAUGCCCUUGCAUUUGCAUGAUUGCAUCCCAAUCCUUUCACCAAACCACAUCUCACUUACAUCAGCUCAAUCCUAUUCGACACAAAACAUGGCAACUGGUGGCAACAAAUACCGAUCCUACUUGAGCCCAGAGGAGCUCAAGACCACCCAAUGGAGAGCUGGACCUCCCGAUUACGCCAUAGUCGAUAAGCUCUUCGAAGAAGGCAGAACCAAUGUUUGGCCCGCUGGAUCCUUGGAAGAGUAUGUUCAGAAUCUUGUCAAGACAUGGGAAAUGGAGUUGGUGCAUAAGGCCAAUCCAGAUGAAUUCAAAACUCUUGAUGCCCAAAAAUUUGUCCUUGGCAUCAAUGGGAAGAAGUUUUUCAGUUUGGAGGAAACAGGGAAGAUAGGGGGAAGCUACAAUGUGUUCCUGCAGACAUCACUGCCACCAAAAUUGAGGUUCUACGACCCUGAUGAGGAGACAUACGACUCAUCCCAGACGGCGUUCAAGCAAGUUUUCCCUCGAGGAUUCGCUCUUGAAGUGGUUCAAGUUUACUCGGGGCCGCCUGUGAUUGCAUACAAAUAUAGGCACUGGGGUUACAUGGAGGGCUCUUACAAAGACUUGCCUCCAACUGGGGAGUUGAUUGAGAUAUUUGGGAUGGCCAUUUUUGAGUUGAAUGAAGAAUCCAAGGUGGUGAAGGUUGAGUUCUUCCACGACCGUGGCGAACUGCUGGCGGGCCUCAUCAAGGGCAAGCCUUCUCAUGAAUCGGAGGGCGUUGUGACGACGCCCUCCGGCUGCCCCUUCAUGGCUUGAUCAUGAAGAAAUGAUCUACUUCCUAUGUUUUUUUAAAAUGUUUUUGGAAUAUUGUUUGUAUUCGAAUAAAUUUGUCAAUGAGGAUUAUUAGCCUUGUAUUCUUGAAUUUGGAAAUGUGAAUCUUUCUCUUGCAAAUUUUAA